GCUGAACGUUGUUAUUACUAAUCAAAAUAAUUAAACACACAAAAUGACAAACAUUUUUUUCCCUUGAUUAAAUGUCUUUAAAAAAACAUUUCGACCUUUGGAUCUGUAGACUACGAAGGGUAACCCAAACAAUGACGUCAUUACCGCGACGUGUAGUCUUGUUCCAGGUCCGUGUUGUAGUUCUCUGUGUAUGGUAGGCAGGCUAGUAGGGAGUGAUUUUGUUAAACUACGGUAAGCUGUUAUUAAAACUGCUCCCGAUGAAAACCUUCAGUGUCAAGUUAAACCACGGCCACUGUCUUGCACACAUUUCUUUGUUUCAAGAUCACAGUAUCGAUGAGUGAAGAACACGUGAGCUUGUUAGCUAAGUCGCUAACGUCCCUAUCGCAUAUCGGGAGGCUUGCUCAGUUAUGAACAAGUUAUAAGACGUAUCUUUUUGCAGUUGUAGGUAUCAGAGCGUAUUGCUGUAUGAAAGAUGAAACUGGAGCUGAGUCGUGUGGUUCAGGGAGGAUACCGCCUCGGUGUCCUGAGGGAGAUCGGCAGGGCGUCCACCAGCUCACUGGAGGUGCCCGGCUGCUUACUGUACACCCGCUGUGGUACUGUACCCCACCUGACCCAGGACACCCUGCACACACUGAGCCCUCUGCCCUCCGUCACACAGCUCACCCUAUCCACAGUAGCGGAGCACCAGGAAGUGUUGGAGGAAUAUAAGGAUGGAUUCAAGAAGUUUGCAGGUCUUCAUGACACAGUGCUGUACUGCUCCCUCCAUGACCCCUUGACCCCGAGACCUGCGGGCCACGUCACCAACAAGACGGUGUCGGUGUGGGGCAGCGGGGGGCGGAUAGAGCUGACGGUGGGCCGGUUCAUGGCCCUGCAGAAGGCCCUGAGGCCAGACCUGUACCAGAGCAUGGCCGAUGGGGAGACCUGGCAGGGGGACGCCACCUCCAGGAAGAGGCUCCGCAAAUCAGUGGACCGGACUCUGGCCCAUCUCGACGAAUGUCUGCUCAUCCAUCAACAGACGGCGGAGCUGCAGGGGGCGGAGGUGCUGGGGGUGGUGGAGGGAGGGGACAGCCUGGAGGAGAGGCUCCGGUCGGCCAGGGAGACGGCAAAGCGACCCGUGGGCGGCUUCUGCCUGGACGGCUUCCAGACGGGCUCCAUGGACGGCCCACUGAGGACGCAGCUCAUCAGCGCCGUGGCCGGGGAGCUGCCAGAAGACAAGCCCAGGCUGCUCCAGGGUGUCGGCAGGCCCGACGAGGUGGUGGCGUGUGUGGAGGCCGGGGUGGACCUGUUCGAGAGCUUCUUCCCCUUCCAGGUGACGGAGAGGGGCUGCGCCUUGACCUUUGACCUGGACCUCUCCCUGGACCCCGAGAGAGCAGGUAUCACGCCCAGUACCCCAGUGCUGGAGCUGGGUGAGGAGCUGGAUGAGACGUGGCAGCCCGAGCGGGGCAGAGAUGCUGAGCUGGAAGACGGAGCAGAGACGAUGACGCCUUUUGAGAUGGAUCUGAAGGACACCAAGUACCGGGGGGACUUCAGACCGCUGGUGGAGGGCUGCGGCUGCUACUGCUGCACCAACCACCAGAGGGCCUAUCUGCACCACCUCCUGGUGACCAAUGAGCUGCUGGCGGGGGUGCUGCUGAUGCUCCACAACACCGCCCAGUACACCGCCUUCUUCAGGGCCCUGCGAGCCGCGCUGGCCAACGACCAGCUGGAGCUGUUCAAGACGAGAGUCCUCCGUAUCAAGCGGGUGGUGUAGAACCCCCCCCCCCCCCCCCCGGGACAGGAGAUGAGUCUCUGGAGGCAGCCCAGAGGGCCACACAUGAGCCCAACUCAGAGUUCAAGUGAUCAACGAGGCGGGGAGGAGAGAAGUUGAGAUCUAGAGAGACAGCGAGGCAACAAGAGUUUUGCAUUGUUUGUUGUGUGCAGUAUCGAUGCGACUGUCUACCUGCAUGCAUCCUGCAGGUAUUAGUUGGGCCCCCGAGAGCCUCCUUCUCCAAUCACUCAGAGAAUCACUACUCUGCAGGAUUCCUUAAGAUAUGUAAGACAUCGACUACAUUUUUGCUUGAAGAAGACUCAACCACGAGAAGAUGUUGUUAUUGUUGUUUCUAAGACCUGACGUUUGGCGACUAUUUCCCCGUUGUUGCAGAGUAUUGAUCUCUCCAGUGUGUAUGCUCUUGCAUUACCUUCUACGUUUGACUCAUAUUCAUGAAUAUUUUUAAUGCUUGGCUGUGCCUACAAAGAGAUUGAGUCUCACAAGCUGUAAUAAAAUUGAAGAAUCUAUUCAUCUAUUCCAUUUCUUAUUGUUGCAUUGUUAUUCUGCACGAAAGUGUGCUCUCCCGAACAUGCGUGGUGUGAUGGGUGGGGGAGGGGCUUCUGAGAGAAAGGUUAGCUGUUCCCCAUCAGUCAACCCUCCUCUCCACCUGCCUGGGAGACACUGACGAAAAGAGAAAACCGCCGCUUUCCACCCCAGAUAAGAGGCAACAGCAAAUACAGCUGACUCGACAGUGUGGUGACGGCUGUGCCGGAAGUCUGAUGCUGUGUAGACCCUGCUGCUGGACACAGGAUAUAUUAUGACAUGUAAUCUACUUGUCAUUGCAUCUUUGUAAGAAAAGUGACAAAUGUAUUAUGUUGGAGACAA